AUGUGUGGUUCGUCAUCUGAGCUAAUGCGCUACGUACACAUAAAAACCCUGUGCAAUGUAUAAACAUUACGUGUGUUGUCAGUAUGCGGUAAUAUAUUCAUGAACAGCGGGGGUUUAUUUAUCAUGCAACGCGCCGCUUUUGCUCUCUUUUCCGUUACCAUGCCUUCCCGAAUCCCGGAAAUUUCAAAAGUACGACAGCUCAUUCCCCCUCUUUCGGGUGAAUUGCACAAGGGCCAAGCAGGUCGCGUUGGUGUGAUCGGAGGCUCAGAAGACUAUACAGGAGCACCUUAUUUUAGUGCCAUAUCGGCAAUGAAGCUGGGUGCAGAUCUAUGCCACGUUUUCUGUGAGCCCGGAGCUGGCACUGUCAUAAAAACCUAUUCGCCAGAGCUUAUUGUACAUCCAUACAUGCGCACGUCUGACAAAAGCUAUACUUCAGUUAGCGACAUUGUCUCGCGAGUAACAUCGACAUUCAGCCGAUUACAUGUUCUUGUCGUAGGCCCUGGUUUGUCGCGUGACACUGCUAUGCAAGACAGUGCUAGAGAAAUUAUGCUAAAAGCCCGCGAAAAAAAUAUGGCCAUCGUCGUGGAUGCGGACGGUUUGUUUCUCGUUCAACAACACCCAGAAACUGUAAAGGAUUACGACAAGGCUGUACUUACACCCAACGUGGUGGAGUUUAAGCGUUUGUGCGAGUGUAUGAACAUCAAUGCGAAAGAACAUGAACAAGAUACACUGGCUGCUCAGUUGAGCAAGGCUUUCGGUGGUGUUACGAUCGUUCAAAAGGGAAAGGUUGAUUUGAUCUCAAAUGGCAAAGAAGUCUUGCGUUGUGAAACGGAGGGUGGAUUACGUCGAGUUGGCGGACAAGGAGAUAUCUUGUCUGGCACAUUAGGCACUUUUCUUGCUUGGGGCAAACUGUAUGAGGAUGGUACAUGGGAUCAUGGAAACGAAGUAGAUCCAAAAGAUAUUGCCAUGCUUGCAGCUUGGGGUGCUUGCAGUAUAACGCGUGACAGCUCCAGAAGGGCUUUUCAAAAAUACGGGCGUGCGAUGCUGACCUCGCACAUGCUGGAAGAAAUUGGCGCAGCCUAUGAUAAAUUAGCCGGUGAUCAAAGCAAGAUAUAAGCACUACUUACUUGGUUCAAAAAUAAAUAGCCGCAUAACAAGCAUAGAAAAACACCCUAUAUAUUAAGGUUAAAGAGAGACGGAAUUGCAGUAACGGAGUGAAACAAAUGCCGCGAGAGUUGGAUUUACGUGGGAGAAUAAGGAACACACGCAUAAGAGCAUGCGUUUCAUAGCAGAAAUGUAUCAGUUUUUUUUUUAAAUAGCUGUUGCGAGGUUGUAUUUCCAUUUCGGGCCGAUGUCAAUUCAUGGUGCAGUGGUUGUAUAAAGCUACUCUGGCGUUUCCAUCAUUUCGUAAA